AUGAGCAAUAUUUUGUUUUUGGAUGUUUUCAACAUUAACGAUAUGGAUCGUGAUGGCAAGAAGUUUGAUAGAGUAUCAAGAUUCGUAGCUCGAAGCGAAAACUAUGAAAUGGAACUAACACUCGACGUCAACAUUGAACUAUACCCACUCGACAUUGGUGAUCGAGUCUCAUUAUGUCUCGCUUCGUCCCUCGAAUCUAAUCCGUUGCCAACCGAGGUACCAAAGGCAAUAUCAAUGAGCGACUCGGAAGCCGAGCGUAAACGUAAAAAAGAACAAGAGGAAAAAGAACGCGACUCGUGGCAAGAGAAACGUCCGGACGAGGUUGACUUAUCCGACGAAUAUGAGUAUGUCAUGUUUGGCAAGGUUUACAAGUAUGAUGAUAAGAGUUCGAAGGGAGUUGGCGUCUACAUAUCUUUUGGUGGUCUUUUAAUGGCGCUCGAAGGUGAUCAUCGUCACAUCACCAAUAUUUAUGUCGGGCAAAAUUGCUAUCUACUCAUGAAGCGUUGA